GUGAAAUUUGUACGAAACCGAACUGUUUAAAUUUGAUUAGGUGUCUGUAUAAGAAUUAAAGAAAUAUUAAAUUUAUAAUUGAUAACUAAAACCAUUAGCACAGUAUUGUAUAUGUUGAUUGCUUUAGAUUCUUUUGAGUAUCACUUGCAUUUUAAUAUUAAAUAAGCAUUACGUUUUUCUUUCAUCAUACCGCUAAUAGUGAGUGUACAUUUGGAUUUGUGGAGGCAUCUUUAUUUUUGCAGUCCAGCUAUGGCGGAUCAGUCGUCAGUAUUAGCUUUAGUGAUAUUAGCGGUCGGAGUUACUGUGCAUUUUUCUCUGCACAAAGUAGAGGAGGGCCAUGUAGGAGUUUAUUACCGGGGUGGUGCCCUUCUCCCAGUAACUAGCCAACCUGGAUUCCACAUGAUGAUACCUUUAUUGACCUCUUAUAAAGCUAUUCAGACAACACUACAGACUGAUGAAGUUAAAAAUGUGCCAUGUGGUACUAGUGGUGGUGUGAUGAUAUACUUUGAAAGGAUUGAAGUUGUCAAUAAGUUGGAACCAGGCAGCGUUUUGGAUAUGGUACGCAAUUUUACUGCAGAGUAUGACAAAACAUUAAUAUUCAAUAAAGUGCACCAUGAACUGAAUCAAUUCUGCAGUGCCCAUUCCCUACACGAAGUGUACAUUGACUUAUUUGACCAAAUAGAUGAGAACUUAAGAACGGCUUUACAAAGGGACUUGGAUGAAAUGGCACCAGGAUUGAGAGUACAGGCAGUUCGAGUAACCAAACCAAAGAUUCCAGAAGCUAUCCGAAAGAAUUAUGAACUUAUGGAGGCUGAGAAGUCUAAACUUCUUAUUGCAGCACAACAUCAAAAAGUUGUAGAAAAAGAAGCUGAGACUGCUCGUCGUAAGGCUGUCAUAGAAGCGGAGAAAGAAGCUCAAGUUGCUAAAAUCCAAUAUGAACAAAAAAUUAUGGAGAAAGAAUCUUUGCAAAAGAUUGAAUUGAUUGAGGAUAGUAUUCAUAAGGCUAAGCAACAAACUAAAGCUGAAGCAGACUACUAUCACUUGAAGAAGCAGGCUGAAGCCAACAAACUACUUUUGACUAAAGAAUAUUUAGAAUUAAAAAAAUAUGAGGCACUCAGUUUGAACAAUAAGGUCUAUUUUGGAAGUGACAUACCAAAUAUGUUUCUGCAAGCCAAUGUCGGAGAUAGUACACAAAAGAAUGUACUUGUUGAAUGAGUUGUUCUGUCAAAGCUCAGCUAGUCAUUUAAUGAUAUAAGUCAUUGAGAAUGAAUUUAAUGUGUUCUGAAUUUAAGACAUGCAUUUUGUUUGUAAAUAAUUGUUUUGUUAAUAGAAUUAUGAUUGUGAUAUAUUUUUAAGAAAAUUAAUUUAUAAUAACAAUGUUACAUUACUGUAAAUUUCUAUGUAAAUCAUGUACAUUUUGAUUAUUUUCAUUAUUAUUUUUGAUAUUAAAAAUAUAAUAAUUUAUAAUAUUAAAAAUAAUAAUUAAAAAAACGAACGAAAUUGAUUAAUAGGCAUUAUUUGUGGGAUAAAAAAAAUAUUCAUCAUAUCAGCUAAUUGUCCACUGCUGAAUAUAAUCGUCCCCUUGGGGAGAGAGGAGGAAUAUUACUUAUGUAAUAAUUUAAAUUUGACAUAUUUAUGUUCUAGGUUUAACUAAUUCUUUUUCAUUAGAAGUACUGUCGCUCAAAAGUAUUUGGCCACCUAGUAAAUACAUUUUGUAAGUCUUAUUGAGAGAAACUACUUUAUAAUUAUUUUAACAUGUUUAUUACCCAUUUUUAGAAAUAACAAGAAUAUAAUUUAUAAAUUUUGGACGAA